GGGGCUUUUCCGCCCAGUGUCGGGGCUGUAGAGUCCCGCCUACCGCAGGCCAGGCUGUACCAGGACUGGCCUGAGACAGGCAACCGGGACCUUCUGACUCAUCCCUCCCCCAGAGGAGCUGGGCACACUGGGGCCUUGUGUUGUGGCCAGGAGGUCAGUCACUCUCCCCACUGCUGGGGAAAACUUUCCCCUCAGGUCGGGCCUGGGACCACCGGCCUCCUACCCCCACCCUCCACGGCAGGAUGUGAGGUGCCUUCCUUACCCCAGACAAGGUCUCUGCAGCCACAACAGUCAGGGUCUCCAACCACGCAGGCUGCUGGUGCUUCAGUGGAGCAGGCUGUGGCAUCUGUUUUAACUUUUAAAAACAUUUCCAGGCCAAUGGUGCCCCUUUGUGCAUUUAGUAGUCCAUAAAAAUCAUGGUCAUGGCUCUUAAUAAGCAUUUGCUCUGUGCCUAGCACUGUGUUAAGCUGUGGGCAUCCAUCGGCCUUCUGUGUCACUGCCCAAAUAUUAGAAAGAUUCUGUGAUCGUUUCUCCCAUUUCCUACAUAAGGACAAGUGAGGCCUAUAGAGGUUAAGAGCCUCACGCAAAGCCUCAUAGCUAUAAGGCAACAGCAGUCGGAUUCAAAUCUAGGCCUCUGUGGCCCCACAGCUGGGGUGCCUAACUACCCCCCCCGACUGCUUCCGUGAAUGCUUGUGGGUACCUUCUCCAGGAGGCUUGAGACAUCCAUGGGUAUCAUAUGGACAUUGGAGUGCUCUGCCUUGGAGACACCAGAGCUCAUAAGAGGCAGCUGGGCAGCCCUGCUGAUGGUGAAAAAUCGGUAGACCAAUUGCUCUCCAGGUGCUCGUCUUGGAAACCAUGACUGUGAGAGCUUUUCCCCACUGGAGGUGCUCAGAAAAUGUAGUGGUUCUGCCUGUGGGGCCCAGGGAUUCUAGGGAUUGUUCGCAAGUACCAUGUUUGUGGUGGUCCAGGUUCUGGAGAGAGGGUCCAUAGACCUCACAGUGUUUCAAGUUGAGGUGGGCAUGACCCCAAAGAGAAGGGGUCCCCUGGGCUGACCUAGACCACAGAGGCCGAGUCUGGACCCCAGCAGCUCACCCCCCUGGAAGGUUGCACUGGUUGGAUUGUGUGUUGGCAUACUGCCCAUAUGGAAGGAUGCUCUAGGACACUGUCCCAUGAAACUCGUCUUUGGAUUUCUUAGGUACAAAGUCUUGAGGACGGGUUCAUGGUGGCACAUGCACAGAGCUCUGUAAGAGCUCCCUUGGGAGAAAUCUUGCACUGGAUUCAGUGUCAGGAAUAGCUGGACAUCUCUUGAGUGGAUGCUUUAAUCUUUAUCUCAUGGGUCCUGUGAAGCAAGUAAAUGAAAUAUUUCCCUUUUCCUAUUGGCUGCCAGGAAGCUCUGACCUAGCUCAGUAGCCCACACAUGGUGUGACUCUUGUACACUGACUUGGCCUCUGGUUCUUUCAGACUCUUAUACUCUUGUUUUCCCCUUGCCUUGCCUCAUUUUCAUCACCUCAUUUUCCUUAGGAAGAAAAACACCUUGCUGUUUUAUGCGUUUUAGCCUUAACUAAACAAACAUUUAUGGUGGAUUAGUGCUGGCUACAUCAGAGCCAGGGAGUAAGCAUUUCCCCUCUGCAGUCUCCAUCCUAGAGGCCUGUUUGCCAGCUCCUCCCUCCCUGUCCCAUUCCCUUGUCCCUUGCUCCAGUUCUUGGGACCCCAGAGCCUUGGGGCCCCAUUCAUCAUGGCUCCUGACUUUGUCCGGAAAGACGAUGUUCAGGUUCUUGCCCCACCCUCACUGUGCUGCUUGUUCAUCCCCCAGGGCUUCACAGUAGUUUUUUAGGGAGAAAUGUCUGGUAGAAGAGUCAUUUCCCCAUCCCAGGGCUCAGCUGCUCCCGUAGCCGCAGGCCCCCUCUGAAAUCCAGCUUUAUUUCAGCUCCGGCCCUGUAUCUCAGCAGUCCCCAGCUGCCUAAUGUCCUUAGUGGCCCACCUGAGCAGACAAAGCCCAUUUCUGGUGGAAAAGCAGUGCCUUUGACCCUGGUGCCUUGGAAAUGGGGGUGGGGAGAGCUGGCUGGCAGCGCCCGGCGGGGAGGGUGGGAGGCACAGUGAGAUGCCAGGGCUGAUUUUCAGUACCACACCCUGUCACCAAUCACCCCUCUACUUCCUACAUGGAGUGGCUUUACUGUGUCCCCCAAAAUUAAUAAACUCAAACUGAAUCAAAAAGCUCAGUGUAAAUGGUGUCUCAUCCCACUCCAGUCUCCUCGAGGCCCCCUCCCUCUGGGGCAUCUCCCGUUACUAGUUCAGAGCAAGCUCUUUCAGUGAUUGUUUAUGCAUAUAUACAAAUAUACAUGUCCAACUCCUUAAACAAAUCUGAAAAGGUGGUGUACUAUUACGCACAUGUUUUCUGGCUCUAGCUUUUGAAACUUAUAUAUGCUGGGUGAUUUUCUAUCAGUAUAUUCAUAUUUGAGGAGGCUUCUCUGAUAUAGUCGAUUGGAAAGACAAUUCCCUGGACAUGUUAAUAACGAAGGGGUUAAGCUUCUAGGAAAGGGUGGGGUGCCCACACGUGGGCUUUCAGAGGUUCGGGGAAAUUCUCAAUUGUGUGUGUAAAAUUAUGGGCACUAAUGGCAUUUCUAAGGGGAGGGAUUGUGGUUCGAAGGGUCUGUGGCCCAGAAAAGGUGAAACAAGGCCUCAGCCCUGGGUUUCAUGGGAUUUCUGUACAGCAAGAGGUGGGGGCUAACUUGGCAGAAGGCAGCACCCCUAGGUUCUACGGCCCCCACCCCCUGGCGCUGCCAUAGAUCAGGCCGAGGUGGGGGACAGAAAUGCCUAGUCCUAGAAUCUUCCUGGAAGGCGACUGGGUUUUUCCCACUCCCAAUGGAGGGUCCCCCUGUCUGCUGUGUGGGUGGCCGCAACUGUGCCUGAGAAUGAAGUCUGGGGCCUUCCUGGGAUUAUAGAGAACACCAGGGUUAGAGCUGGGAGGCCCUUCAGUCAUCACUGGAUCUAUGGUGUAACCGAGGCACAGAGAGGCCAGGGGGUGAGUCCAAGGUCACCCAUCCAGGGAAAGGCAGAGGCUGUGUGGGCCAGUCCUGCCUGUGACAUUCAGGUCUGUGCUCCUUCCCUGCCAGAGCACCAUGAGAUGAGCGGGAGAGGCCCUGGGGAGAAGGCGAGGCUGCCUGUUGCUGCUGGGCUCUCCCAGUGCGGCUAGGGUGGGGGUGCACGGAACAGAGGCUGCAGCCCGGGUGGGCGUGCCAUCCUCACACCUCACUGCAUCUUGCAACAUCACCUCCCGCUGGCUGCAUCCUCACAUCAUGUUGUAGCCAACAGCCUCCGAAUUCUGAAUACAGCAGCGACGACGGGACUACGAGGCUGCACCGCAGGAUGUGGUCACUAGAGGGCAGCAGGAAAGCCACUGCGGUGGCUCAGCAGGAAGAAGUUCCCAGGCCGGGAGAGGAGCUGCAGGAAGAAGGGCGGUGGGCAGAGCCAGACCCCGUGGGCUGCUGGAUGAUUUGUUCUAGGCCCUUUCCUGAGACAAAAAGCAAACCAGACAUUUAGUGAUGAUGAUAUUAAUUGACAUUUAGUGAGUGCUUACGCUGCGCCAGGCACUGUACUCACUAAUUAGUCCUCACAACAGCCUUGUUAUAAUUAUCCCCAUUUUUGCAUGUGCGAACACAGAGGCCCAGAGAGAUGAAGAAAGCUAGCCAAGAUCUCUCAGCCAGUAAGUGGCUGAGCUGGGAUCAGCAGGGCUGGUGUCAGAGGCUGGGUUGUGUCUAUAUGCCUGGCAUUGACUAAAUGCUUUAAGACCUUCAAUUCUUACCAGCACUACUGUAGCUAUGCCCACCUUAUGGAUGAGGAAACUGAGGCUCAGGGACAGCUGGUGAAUCACCCAGGCCCACACACCUGCUGAGUGACAGAUCCAGGUAGCUGGUGUCACUUCGGUGUGGUUGGAAGAAGACUCUCUCCCCAGCUGCAUCCCCGGAGGCACCCUUUCGACCUGGAGGUGAGGUCUGCUGGCCACAGGACUGCUGCACUGGCUGGGACUGCCAGCUGGACCUGGAGACGCUGGUGGCUGUGGACUCCCCAGCUUGGAGCAGUCCCUCUUUGACCUCGCCCCGUGGAGAAGCAGCCCCAUGAAGGUGCCCAGCCAUGCAAUGUUCCUGGAAGGCCGUCCUCCUCCUUGCCCUGGCCUCCAUUGCCAUCCAGUACACGGCCAUCCGCACCUUCACCGCCAAGUCCUUUCACACCUGCCCCGGGCUGGCAGAGGCCGGGCUGGCCGAGCGACUGUGCGAGGAGAGCCCCACCUUCGCCUACAACCUCUCCCGCAAGACCCACAUCCUCAUCCUGGCCACCACGCGCAGCGGCUCCUCCUUCGUGGGCCAGCUCUUCAACCAGCACCUGGACGUCUUCUACCUGUUUGAGCCCCUCUACCACGUCCAGAACACGCUCAUCCCCCGCUUCACCCAGGGCAAGAGCCCGGCCGACCGGCGGGUCAUGCUGGGCGCCAGCCGCGACCUCCUGCGGAGCCUCUACGACUGCGACCUCUACUUCCUGGAGAACUACAUCAAGCCGCCGCCGGUCAACCACACCACCGACAGGAUCUUCCGCCGCGGGGCCAGCCGGGUCCUCUGCUCCCGGCCUGUGUGCGACCCUCCGGGGCCAGCCGACCUGGUCCUGGAGGAGGGGGACUGUGUGCGCAAGUGCGGGCUACUCAACCUGACCGUGGCGGCCGAGGCGUGCCGCGAGCGCAGCCACGUGGCUAUCAAGACGGUGCGCGUGCCCGAGGUGAACGACCUUCGCGCCCUGGUGGAAGACCCGCGGUUAAACCUCAAGGUCAUCCAGCUGGUCCGAGACCCCCGCGGCAUUCUGGCUUCGCGCAGCGAGACCUUCCGCGACACGUACCGGCUCUGGCGGCUCUGGUACGGCACCGGGAGGAAACCCUACAACCUGGACGUGACGCAGCUGACCACGGUGUGCGAGGACUUCUCCAACUCCGUGUCCACCGGCCUCAUGCGGCCCCCGUGGCUCAAGGGCAAGUACAUGUUGGUGCGCUACGAGGACCUGGCCCGGAACCCUAUGAAGAAGACCGAGGAGAUCUACGGGUUCCUGGGCAUCCCGCUGGACAGCCACGUGGCCCGCUGGAUCCAGAACAACACGCGGGGCGACCCCACCCUGGGCAAGCACAAAUACGGCACCGUGCGAAACUCAGCGGCCACGGUCGAGAAGUGGCGCUUCCGCCUCUCCUACGACAUCGUGGCCUUUGCCCAGAACGCCUGCCAGCAGGUGCUGGCCCAGCUGGGCUACAAGAUCGCCGCCUCGGAGGAGGAGCUGAAGAACCCCUCGGUCAGCCUGGUGGAGGAGCGGGACUUCCGCCCCUUCUCGUGACCCGGGCGGCGCGGGUGGGGGCGGGAGGCGCACGGUGUUGGUUUUGAUAAAAUGGACCGUUUUUAACUGUUGCCUUAUUUCCCCCUCCCUCUCCCACCUCAUCUUCGUGUCCUUCCUGCCCCCAGCUCACCCCACUCCCUUCUGCCCCUUUUUUGUCUCUGAAAUUUGCACUACGUCUUGGACGGGAAUCACUGGGGCAGAGGGCGCGUGAAGUGGGGUCCCGCCCCCACCCCACCCCAUUCAGACACACGGAUGUUGGGUCUCUGUGCGGACGGUGACAAUGUUUACAAGCACCACAUUUACACAUCCACACACGCACACGGGCACCCGCGAGGCGACUUCUCAAGCUUUUGAAUGGGUGAGUGGUCGGCUAUCUAGUUUUUGCACUGUCUUACUAUUCAAGGUAAGAGGAUACAAACAAGAGGACCACUUGUCUCUAAUUUAUGAAUGGUGUCCAUCCUUUCCCCAUCCCUGCCUCCUGCCCCUGACGCCCAUUUCCCCCCUUAGAGCAGCGAAACUGCCCCCUCCUGCCCGCCCUUGCCUGUCGGUGAGGCAGGUUUUUACUGUGAGGUGAACGUGGACCUGUUUCCGUUUCCAGUCUGUGGUGAUGCUGUCUGUCUGUCUGAGUCUCGUGGCCGCCCCUGGACCAGUGAUGACUGAUGAAUCUUAUGAGCUUCUGAUUGAUCUCGGGGUCCAUCUGUGAUAUUUCUUUGUGCCAAAAAGAAAAAAAAAAGAGUGGAUCAGUUUGCUAAAUGAACACUGAAAUUGAAAUGCUUUAUCUGUGUUUUCUGUAAAUAAAAGAGUGCAAUAA